AUGAUCGUGCAGGACAUUGACUUCGAGGUCGAGUUCUCGUUGUUCGAAGAGUGCGCUGCCCGUGGUGCUCCGCGGCGCGUGCAAGCCCACCCUGUUGCGACCUCUGUCCCAGGUGGCGACUCUCUUCCUCUGCGUGGUCAGGGUCAAGCUUCAGCGCCGAGCCUGCAGCUCCUGUCGCUGCGUCGGGCCUCGCCGCUGGAUAUGGUCGACGCGACUCUGCUCGAGAACCCGAUGACGAACCUGGCGACCCUCGUGCAGAUGCUGCGCCACGCUCUGGAGUUCUGCAUUCGCAUCCUUCGCAUCCUGGUGCCCCUCCUGGUGGCGCACAGCCUGCUCUUGCAGGUUCGGGCGGGGCUCGUCGCGGUCCGAGGGCGUGGUUCUCGUGCAGACCCCCCCGGGGCGUGA